AUGUCCACUGGAACAACUGCCGCAGCCCUGCCCUCCUCAACGGACUCCUCCACGCGCUCUGAAUCACCGCCGAAGAAAUACCGAGUCAGUCUCAGCAAGAUCCAGGCACUCACCGCCCAGGGCAAAGCACGUCUCUCCCCCGAGGAGAUCCAUCUCUUCCAGCAGCGGGGGUUUCUCCGAUCCGAAACCGCCUCCCAGGCCCUGGCAACCAUAUGCGAGACGGCGGCGGCGCCCGAUCCUGCAGCACUCCCAACACCAUAUCCUCCUACACUGUUGCACAAGCUCCAGUCCUCAGAACAUUCGUCUCUUAAUGAAGUAUUCCGAGCGAAAUCUCUUUCGCGCACAGUAACCUCGAAGCAGGCGGCUCAGGUCGCAACCCUGGGUAGCUCCACUACCUCCAAUAAGCACUCCACUCGGACAGAGGCGAGGGCCAGCAAACAAACCCAUCCGCCUUUCCACAACCAGAUCUUCGAGGAUACCUGCUCACAUCUCCAUCCAACCCACCCAGAUAUCGUUGUCCGGACCUCAGGCAGCCCAUCCAUGGACAUCUCUACGAGUUUUCGCCGCCAUUCAGAAUGCCUGCCCAAUCCCAGCACGCGCCAGACUGGAAGAUCCGCCUCGCUCUCAACGCUGUCCUCAUACUCAACACUAGCCUCGGUUCCUCACGUCUCACAAUCCACUCUAUUGACCCUUCCUGAUCCAAAUACGAUAUCUAUGGGUCGCACUCCAAGUGAUCUCGACAACCGCAGGCGUUCCUCAAUGUCGCCUGCUCCAGUCGUGCCCUCACCCUUGGGGCUACGUACCGUCCUUUAUGCUGCCUCUCCAGCUCUCACCCUGUACUCGUUGCCUACAACCUCGAUCGACGAAGCAGCCGUUGGACCCCCAGUGUCCCACACGACGGCCAUGGAUGCAUUCCAAUUCCCAGCCACGGCGCCAUCCCCUACCCAGACCGCUAUUUCGACUUUCCGAAUAGCUCAAACCUAUCCUUCUGCUGCGCCUACUGCGUCAUCUCCUCUCAUAUCUACGUCAAGCCCCACUUUACCCGCCACGCCUACGGCUAUGAGAUCAAAGAGGAAGAGUAUCCCGAUGCGAUCUCCAAGCUGGACUGAUUCCCAAGAGCUAUCACCAGGUGUGAUUUUCCAGAUGCCGUUUGGUUACCUUCGUUCGGCAAAAUCACCUUCGUUGACCGGCUCCGAGGAUGGAACGGCAGGCAACACACCUCCUUCGCAUUAUCCCUCCCCGGCCUCUUCCAUACGCCGCUCGGUAUCUGGUCCGGACGUCUCUGAACACAAUCUCUUUAACGGACAGACGACGCCUGCCUCCCCUCUCACGCGAUCAGGUCUUGGGAUCCGUGUACAGGAGGACUAUUCAGAACAGGAAGCGACCCAUCCUCUCGAUCAGCCAAUCAAUUUAUCGAACCAGGACGCCUCAGUAGAACAAGCGAGUGUAUCCGAUGAGAGUGAUUUGGGUCAGGAUCCAGCUGUUAAUGGCCAAGGGGCUUCUACAGCGAUGGAAACUGAUGAACAGAUCAGUCAGGACAGCAUGCCGACACCUCCUUCGACCUCAACUGUUUCCGCGACUCUGAGGAUGGAAACACCAAAUGGAGGCACGAGUAACCCCAGACAUGUUCUCGACACUCCUCAGAGCGAGAAGGCGCAGCAAAACGUCGAGUCUAUCGCUGUCAGUGUCAUCGUCACCGCUAUGGAAAUUGCAACUCCACAACCACAGCAUGCGAGCAUUGACUUGAAAGAGACAGAUCCGCAGCGCGAGGGUUCCAAAGAUUCACCAACUAUAGCGCAGGAGGAUGAUCCGUCGCUGUUGCCUUUAUGGGCCCAGAGGUGGUUGAGUAUUCGGAGACAAUCAUUGAUCCCCCGCAACGAGCUGGAUUUUGUGAAGGGGUCAGGAAUUCUCCCGCCACCAAGUACGGACCUCGUCAUUCCCGGAGGAGCAAGAAUCAAGGCCUACCCUCCACUUCUCUCCGAUUUUGUCAAGUUCCAGGAGGAACUCGAGGCGAAGCAGACGGAGCAGGACUCGGAGAUGGCUGCUCAGAAUGGCGGAUCUAAUGGAGGCAAGCGCCGAAAGGCUGGUGCUGGAAAAGGCAGGGGAUCGAUCAGUACACAGGGAGCACGGCAGGACGACGACGCAGAUGAGUACGUUGGAGCAGAUCAGAUUCAUUCAACCAGCUUGAAGAGACGUCGAUCGAGUCAUACCAUCCAAGAGGCUGAUGUCCUGGAGGAAGGCGAUUUCCACGGCCCAGGCAGAGGUACUUCACGCCACAGACGACGAGCGCAUGGUGUGGAUGGUCACGGAUCGUUCUCUCCCUCGAUCUCUCCACCAGCUCAGGACGAGGCGGCAUACCAGCAAAAUAACCAUGCCUCCAGUCAACCCAUGAAGCUCGGCUCACCUGUGGAGCUGUCAUCCUCGACCUUUGAACGUGGCUCAUUGCGACGAGGCCCAAAGGGCAAAGACAAACUGACAGCCAAGGCUCGACAAACUGCGGGAGGUCGCCACGACCACAGGGAUCUAUCCUGGGAGGAGCCACACGAUAUCGAGGACGAGGAGCAAUACCUUGACGGCUACUCUGAUGCUGAAGGGCGCUUGCGCAGUAUAUCUAAUCAGCGUCGGGCGUCCAUUACCGCCUCGACGUCGGGACCCAGAGAGAAGGGCAAGGGCAAGAAAGACACCAGGCUGACGCAGAAAAGGAUUGGUGGAAAGAACUUUGCUGUUGAUCCGAACGAUACAGAGGAGGAAAACAGUCGAGUGGAAUUUCUGCAGGCCCACGAUAGGGAACGUUAUCAUGCAGGUUCCUAUGGUGUUAUUCCUGUUUCGGAAGCAGAAUUCGAGGCGAUACGUGCUCGCGAGAUCAUGGACCUCCAGCGAUCGGGACGCGGAUAUCAUCAGUUCAAGACACUGAAGCCCCUUUUGAACGCCAUUCAAUCCGAGGAUGAAAGCGUUGGCGAAUCGUCUCUGGAUGGUAGAUCACGCAAGGGUAAUGCUGCUGGUCGAGGAGGUUACCUCAACAACAACAUCAAUAACAGAGUCAAUGGUGGGCUUGAGGCAGCGCGCAAGCGAUCCAUCCAAGAGGAGGUUAGCGAUCUAUCGUCGAGCGUAUCCAAGAAGGCCAAACACAAUAUCACUAAGGCAUCUAGGAAGGGUGGAUCGCAUGCCGAUGUUGGUACAGGUGGACCCAAACGAGGACGCAAGGCUGGAGAUGCAAGGCAUUCUAUCCAUGGAUCCAACGACGAAUCUUUGGCUAUGGCAGAGGCUCUGAUGGAGAUGCACGAUGGAACUGUGGAUGACGACGAAACUGAAGACGAAUUUGUUCCCUACAGAGGCGGAGUCGAUGAUGAUCACAGCGACAGCCAGGAUGAUCGCGAGGCAUCUGGAGGAAGACUUCACGAACGAGUGAUGCAUCAGGACAAGGCAGUUAAUCAGAAGCGCGCAAAUGGCAAGAUGUCUACGCCCAAGACGUUGAAGACUGCCGCCGCUACUGCUGGAGGAACAACAUCACCGCAGCAGCCCAAGAAAAAGAAGCCGACGGUUGCAGAUCCAUCCAAGCUCAAGCAGCAUAACAAGGCUAAGGUUUCCAUCUCUGGUGCGGGACACCAUGGAGGAUCAAUCUUUAGCAUGGCUGGACAAGGUUUUGGACAUGGAGCGACUACAACCGCUUCGUCUAAGCACUGUGAAGCAUGCGGAGCAAAUGACACGCCGUGCUGGCGACCUGGAUAUAUCGUUAACACCGUCCUGUGCAACUCAUGCGGACUGAGAUACAAAAAGUCGAAUGUGUUUUGUACAAAGGUUGAGUGCAAGUACAUUCCUCUCAAGACAGAGUAUGCGAGUAUGGAGGCUGACCGCGUCAAGCACGAGCGCGACCAUCUCGUCUGCAUCCAGUGCAAGGGACGUGUCGCGCUUCCCAUUCCCAAGGAAGCAUCCUAA